ACCUGUGUAUUUCGUGUUUCGAAUGUAAACGGUGGGUUCCAUCAGCCGACAUGGCGAAAAUCAUUAUUUGCUGAUGCUAUCUUCUUCAUCUUGCUUUCCUUCUGGAGCAUGUAAUUCUAUUUGGAGCAUCUGGAAAUGCGUACGCACGCCAAAAUCGUUGAAUGGUUUCUACGCGGACGCCACUGAAUUACACGAAUCCGCCGGUGCUUCGCACCCACACACACUCUCACACACACAAUACACACUCGCUCUCUCUCCAUUGAUACCCACACACACGCUCGCAUGGGCGCUCUCGCAUUAAAACGCACUCUCCGGGUGGCUUCCACAUGAGGCAUGGGCAUUCUUAUGCAUAUAGUGUAGCGUGCACGUUGAGAUUGCUGGGCCGUGUCCAAGAAAACACGGAAAGCAUCAUUUUGGACAUAUCAUUCGGAAUAUAUUCAUGAACGUCUCGCAUCAGCUUAUUCGCUUUAUUUGAGGGAUAUACUUGAAAUUGCAUCUAGUGCGAGAUGGAUGCUUAUGGGUUCUCGUAUAAGGCGCCACAAUGGAAGGCAAAAUUAAAAUCAUCCUGCCAAGGUCUUUUUGAUAUAUACUCCGCCGUGCAGGAUUUCAUCGUCCCUAAGUAUUACUACGACCGCUCUAAUCGGUCGGUACAGAUGCGUCUUUAUACCUUAAGCAAGAGGCAGUUUGUCUUAGUCUUCAUCUGUUUUUUCAUGGCUUUCGGCAUCUCGUUAUUAAUUGGAAUAGCAGGUCCUAAUAUACAAGCUUAUGAACUGCAGAAACAGGUUGAAAAUUUACCAAAUGGUCCUUUUGAGUUGACGUCACCUAUCCUGAACAAGUUCAAUAAAUCUUUAUGGCUUACAACAGCAAUAGAAGUAGAUGAUGCAUCAGCGGAAACCUUUCAGAAGCCAUUCAACGUGAGCAUCAUGCUGCGAGGUGUGGCCCAGGAUAGCAGUCAAGAGAAGCUCACUAGCGUCCCUUAUAACAGAUCAAGGAAACUCAGCUGUGAAAAGGGCCGCUGCACUGAGCUGUUGCUCCUGCAUCUGUUAACCUUGAAGUAUUCCACGUACAUCGUCACUGUUUCCUUCCAAGGGCUAGAAAAACAUCAUGUUACUGCAAUCAAUUUCUAUUUUCGAACUUAUAAUCCGGCCUUCUCCAACAUGAUGAUCUGGUUCAGAUUUGUUUUCCUGGUCAUCACAUUUAUCAUCACAUGUAUGUUUGCUCACUCAUUGAGGAAGUUUUCCAUGAGAGAUUGGUCAAUAGAACAGAAGUGGCUGUCGGUCAUAUUACCCCUCCUCCUUCUCUAUAAUGAUCCCAUCUAUCCUCUGACGUUACUUGUCGAUAGCUGGAUUCCUAUUCUUCUUGAUAACGUAUUCCAAGCAACUUUCCUCUGUGCACUACUCUUAUUCUGGCUUUGUGCUUACCAUGGAAUCAGACAGAGUGAUAGAAAGUGGGUGAAGUUUUACAUGAUCAAGCUGUUAAUAGUGGGCGUGCUCUGGGUCUCAACGCUGGUACUAACGUCGUGGCAACUCUACUGCAGUCUCUACGACCCGACCUUCAACUAUAAGGUGGAUUCAGGGGACUUCAUCGGUAUGGUGAUAUUCUUCCUGGUGGUUGGAGGGUUUUAUGUUCUCUAUCUGCUCUUCCUGGUAAUAAGAGCAUUCACAGAACUACGCUCGCUUCCAUACAUGAAUCUGAGGUUGAAGGUCAUGACGAUGCUAAUGUUGGUGGUUGUUGCAGCAACGAUAACGAUCACCAUCAUGCGAUACGGAGUCAACAUUCUGAAUGAAAACUUUGUGACAGAGCUCUCGACCUACUACAAAAACUGUGCGGAGUUCCUGGCCUUCUAUAGCCUCCUCAACUGCUAUCUCUACACCAUGGCAUUUGUUUACUCUCCAUCCAAGAAUGCACAUAAAGAUACGUACUUCAAGGAUAACCCCACAUUCUCCAUGCUUAAUGAGUCAGAAGAUGAGCUCAUAUAUGGGAGUGACAGUGAAGAUGGCGUCCACACGUCACUGACGGGCAACAACAGGCAUAUGGACAACGAGGAGGAGUGAAGGAAGCUUCUUCCUGUCCCCGAAAAGAUGCCAUCCAAAGAUUUGAUACGUCCCUUUCAACAAAGAAAGAAAGCAGAUAACAAGCACAACUAGUCCACGAUCUGUCUUCACAUAUACUACCCUGCUUGAUUUUCAGCCUAUCAGUUUGUUUUGCAAUGCAAAAGUGUGAGAGGAGAUUGAGUCCCUGUCUUAUAAAAAGCUAGGAUGGAUACAAAUCGAUGGCGAGUCAUCAGUCAAUCCCAAAUCGCCUGUCUCUCAACUACACAUUUUGUGAUUGAUUUGAAGCAAUCACAACUCUUUAUAACAUAGGGCUCUGGUAAACAUAAUAAGAUAAAAAAUUAAUUCGGGAGCUUGCUUUGUGUUUUUUAUUCAUAUGUGGAAGAAUAUUUCUUGUGGCAUGGAUUUUUAAAACAGAUUUCUCUAGAAUUUCCCUUCAUAUUCCAAACAUUUGGACCAAAUUUUUGAUGUCGCAAUGGAGUGUAGUCCCAUGUACCCAUAUCUGUGUGAGGUGCUUCUCACUAUCUGUGAUUGCCACCAAGAUUGAGUCAACUUGUUUCCAUUGCGCUGGUUCCAAAACCUCAAAACCCUCUAUUAUUGUAUGUACUGUCUAUAUCAAAGAAUAAUGCAACUACUUUCCCCAAAAUCAACCUCAGGCAAUUUCAAUGGCUAUGUACGUCACCUUUUUAAACGUGCAGACAUUACAACGACAUAUUAUGUAAUCCGAACGUGAUUUCCAUGGGACUUCCAUUAGGGUAUUGAAAUUGCCCUCAAGUUAAUUUUUCGAAAUUAGUUGCCAGCACCAUUCCAAUAACUUCAAGAGAUAUUUUUUCUUUAUUUUGCACUUAUUCUCGUACCAUGUGAAUAUUCAGACUUAGUGAAAACCAACAUGAUACCGGUAUAUAGUUUUCACUGUUGUCAUGAAUAUUUGGCCAUUCCAAAGGAAAGAUUAACAUAGAUUUAUUAAAUCAAAGCUUAUUUAUUUAUUUAUUUAUUUCUGAUAUUUGUACAGGGUGGCAUAUAUCACCAAUUUGGUGGUCUUCCAUGAGGCCCUGUUUAAUAAGAAUAAAGCAAAUUACAGUAGCAAAAACAAAAUAGAUAAAUACACAAGCAUAUAAACAGUUAUUAUACAAAUUAAUAAGUAUCCUCAUUAAACAACUGAUCAUUCGAGAAUUAUCCUUGAUGAUUUAAAAGAAAUAUUUGAAUGGAUUUUCAAUCAAAUCUAUUACAACCUGUAGCAAGGGAUGUGUCCCUGUUACCUACUAUGUAGUCCCUUGGAUAGGACAUCAGGUUACAGGUCCUCUUGUCGCUAAUCGACAAGUGUGAGCUUGCUUUUUUACCAUCCCAGGUUUAAAUGAAGUAAUUCUUGAUGAAAAGAUUGGGGAGAGAAAGCACCUUGGGACGGCUCUGAUAUUUGCUGAAAUUGUGUACUUACUUGGGGUUUUACUUUUUGUUUAUUUUUGAGGAGGAUAAUUACCUUGAGGAGGCGUUAUAUGUGAUUCGUUAAGAUUUUGUUAUGAUUGUCCAUGCCUUAGCCUUAUUGUAUUAUUUAAUGUUCACUUGCUUGUCACUGACACUUAGUUCUCUAUGCCGUACUUGAAUCAGGAGAAAUGUUGCUUGGCCAAUUUGCCAUCGCAUUACUUACCGAUCCAUAGCACAUGUUCAUGUGCUAGUUACCGACACUUGGUUUUGUAUGCCAUACUUGAAGCAGGAGACACAUUGCGUUGCAAAUUUUCCAUUUCAUUAUUUACUCAUUCAUAGCACAGAUUCACUUUGUUUCAUAGCCCCGUUCUUCAAUUACUAUAAUGACUGCCAUUUUGUACAAUACACAUAAUUUUACACUCCAGUAUAGAAGCAUUAUGCUUCUUAUCAUCCGUUUGGAGCUAUAAGGGCAUUAUCUCUGUGUCAAAGUAUAUGAGCUAAUGCCCUUAUGGUUCCGAACAAGGACCCGUCCAAAAAAAAAAUGAGUUCUGCAAUUCAAGCUGAAGUGUCGAUAUCUCUCUUGUUAGUGUGUUAUCAUACUUGAGUUUGGUGUAAUUGCAAAGCCUGUUUCUUUCCCUUUAUAAUGAUGCCCCAUUUGUAAUGUUUAUUUAAUGAUGGACUGUGCAGUACACCUGAAUAUGAGGCCAAGUCAGAAGUGAAAUGUCGGAAAAUGAAUUGUUGUUUCUUCAAAACACAAUCCAGCCUCAAAACAAAGGGAGAAUUCAAUGUUGACAAUAACAAUGCAAUUUGCAACUUUUCACUUUUGACUUUGGCCCCCUAUUCAGGUGUACUGCACAUUCCAUGAUUACAUAAUCAUUACAAAUGGGGCAUCGUUGAAGAGGGGAAUAAUCAAGCUUUUCAAUGACACCAACAUCAAGUACAAUAAUAUACUAGCAAGAGAGAUAUCUACCCUAAAGCUUGAAUUGCGGAACUUAUUUUUGAAGGGUUUAAAUACAAAGUAAAGAGUAAUGUGAUAGUACUGUAGUUAUAUAGUCUAAUUAGUCUUCCACUUGUACUUAUAUAUAGGGAAGAAUAUGUAUUUUAAAACUUGCUACAUUGUAUUGGUGGUGGGCGGGGCGGGGGGGGGGGGGGUAAUAAAGUGGUUUUGUUUUCAAUUUAUAAUUUUUAUUGAGAUUUUUUAGGGCUAAAUCUGGUUUUACGAUGCAUUCGAUGUGUAGAAGAAUAUUUCUUUCACAGUUGAAACGCAAGAGCUGGGGUAGUUAUAUCCAAAUUUCUUUGAAAGCAGGUAGAGUCAUCACAUAUGCGCUGUAAAAGAAGAGCAUGUUAUAAUUACUAGUAGGCCAAGUAGGCUUAUGAUCAGUUUGUCAUAUUAAUGUCAAUAUUCUUGCUUACACUGGUCAAUGUUGUUAUUAGCUCAUAGCAAAACAAAUUCAUCUUGCCCGAGCAUAAGGAAAGCAACCUACCCAUACUCUGUGCAUAGUAGCAAGCCACCUGAAAAUUCUUGUAGAAAACUUAUCUUCUUUUUUUCAACGUUCAGAGUUCAGACUGUAGUUUGUUCAUACUGGCUUCAUGUAAAAGAUAUGAACCUUGACAACCAAACUCCAAAAAUAAUUGUUGAGAAAUUGAUUUAGUUUUUUUUUUUGGUAUUGGUAAUCGCGAUUAACUUUGGAUAUUGAGUAUAUCUCAGAAGUCUUGGACGAUACAUAUAAUUUUACAGAUGUAAGUUUGCAUAAUAUUUUUGUGGACCAAAUAUGGUUCAUUUUAUGCUUCAAUACGGUGUUGUUUCUUAUUUUUAUUUUCUCACGGUCAAAAGCACUCUAUGAUGUGUAUCCAUUUUGUUUGUAACCAGUGCCGUAAGGGAGUGUCAAAGCUUGUAGAUUUUUAUGUAUAUAUUUGCUUAAUUGUCGAGCAGGCUGUCAAUAUUUUAUUUAGCACAAUAUCAGCAAGUGUGUGUUAGUUGUGGAGAUGUGGUUGUUUUUUAUUUAAACCAAAUAUCUGUCUUUUCCAUCUUAUUUUGAUAAUGAAUAGGAAAUGAUCUUUCAAAGAGAGAAAUGGUUCAUUUUCCCCCUUAAAUUGUAUCCUCUUAGUUCUUAUACUAAGAUAAGUAGGAUGCAAGAAAUAAGAUGAAAAUUUUAUGAAGUUAGAGCAAGAAAGGCUCAUAAGUCUAAUUGAACCCAUAGCAGUUCUGAUUUUUAUUAUUUUAUGAAUUAAUCUGUUUUCCCUCCUCAAGUUGGCAACAAUCUUAUUUUCCACUCCUUCAUAGUGUGAAUAAAAAAUGUGAAAAAAAAUUACAAAAUUGAACCAAAAUAUUGCAAAUUUGUAGAUGAAUAUUGUGAUUUCAUAAUCUUUGAGAAUGGCUCUCUAUACUGCAUUGGAAUUAGGCUCCUAAUUUUAUAUGAAUUUUGCUCUUUCUGCUGACGUAUAAUGUGUAAAUCGUAGCUUUCUUGAUUAAAAGAUAAUGCAAAAAUGCCACUAAAAAGAGACGCACCAUCCUGCUAUGGGUUUUAAAUCAAAACAUCCUAUUAGAGUAUUGUUUCUUUAAGAGUAUGUAUUUUGUAAUCAGCAAAAUAUGUAACCUUGAAAAAGGGUGAAGCGUUUUGUUGGUAAUUUCUUUUCUCCACUUUGCAGUGGAUGGUAAACUGUAUUCUGUCAAAACAUUCUUCACAUUUUCUUUCUGUCUUUUCUGUAACAAGAGUAUUCAGUUAUCAAGUGCAAUAUCUGUCAUAAUAUUAAUGAAAACCACUGCUUUCACUUAUUAAUGCUAAUCAAAUACAAAGGUACUAGCUUUACGGGAUACAUUUUCAGAUUAAUUUAUGAUAUUGAUUAUUUUAGCGAGGGGUCAGUUUUAGUUUACCCCAUAUUUGUUUGCUCUCGGGCUUUUAUUUUUGUCUUUAGUUCAAAGGUUGUACAUAUUACUUACUUGUGCUAGAGGGGGAUGAAGCUGCAAUUACAGAAGAUGAAUUAUCUGUAUAUACUUUGAUAUGGACUGGCUGGGUAUUUGGUACGGUUUAGUUUUCAUGAAGUGUGUCGUUUUUCUUUCAUGUAGGUAGAAAUGUAUUAAGUGUGUGCGAUGUAGUUGAAGGUCAUUCACAUUGUCAGAUUUUCUUUUUAUAUACAGGUAUAUUAAGUUGAUAAUAUAGUGUCAUUCAAAGUAUUAUUAAGUCAUUAAAAGGCCAUCUAUACUUGCGUUGCAGGGACUGGAUGAAAAGUACUAGCUGUACUGGCAAGAAAUUUUUGUAGAAAAAAUGUACCUCUGUUCUCCGAUUUGAUUGAAAGAGAAAAAAAGAGAUAGGGAAAGUGAUAUUUUGUAGUAACGUAUUUGCUAUUGAUUUUAAUAGCUUAUUUUAUUAGAUAUUGAUAGACAUUGAUUUGAAAUUAUUUGCACAAGAAAUGUUGAGCUCAAGCUUCGUACAGUUCACCUAAAACUGCACAAUCCAUGUUUAAUUGUAGGAAAGUGAUUUGUACACCUCCAUGUACAUUCUCGAUGUAUAUGAGAACAGUUAAAACCAUGGUGCAGUCACCCAGUGUAAAGGUUGCAUUCAUAUGUGAACAGAAUUGCAUCAUCCGUUACGUUUGAUACAUGCAUUUCGAUAAAGGUUUGUUAACACGUAUGUACUUGUGUUGAAAGAAAGUCUUGAUCAAGCUGUAAUCUCAUUGAAAUACGUUCCAUUCUUAAAUAUAUCCUGAUUUUGAAUUCUUGCCCUUGCCCUUCGCUCUGUCUAUCCUCAUUCCCUUUCCCUUCCCCCCCCCCCUUUUUUUUUGGUAUCCCCCUUUUUGGUAUUCACCUUUUUAUAAUAUAUUACCUCACUUUCUCUCCUUUCCCUCUCUCUCAACAUCAAUCUGUAUUUCUCUUUUCUGCCCUAAAUUAAAUUUGCUAAUUCAUAUUGUAAAGCCAGACUUCUGUCGAAUGAGCUUGCCUUGGAGUCAGUUACGAUGUAAAAAAGCACUUUGUUAAAUCUCAUUUUGGUGUGUGUGUUAUGUAGUCUAAUUCUACCUUGUUAAAUCCGUCUGCGAGCUAGCACUCGUAAAAAAUAAAUGCGAGAUUCCAGUCAAGUUGAAUGAUUUAUUGUCAAAAUGAUUGUCAAUAACAAAAAGCAGCAGAUUUAUUUUCAUUAUUUGUUCAAAUAAUAUAUAUAUUACACUGUUUGUAAUAAUUACAGAAAGGAUAAUAGUACAAUGUAAGAUGAUGUACAUAAUAACACUGGGAAAAAAGAUUUAAUACAGUACGGUAAGUAAUAAAGUAUGACGAGUACUAUUACUUA